AAAAGCGUGUGCAUUUCAAUUUUCCCCUAAUUUUUUAUUCAACAGAGAGAGAAAAAAAGAAGGGGAAAACAGAGAAGAGAGAAAAUGGCUACUCUGAGUAUUCCUCCAGUUUUAACUACGCCUCGCGAUGAUGCCAUGCACCUUUACAAAGCUUUCAAAGGAUUUGGAUGUGAUAAAGCAGCGGUCAUUAACAUCCUUGCUCAUCGUGAUGCUACUCAGCGUGCUCUUAUUCAACAGGAAUACAGAACUAUGUAUUCUGAAGACCUAACCAAACGCUUGGUCAAAGAGCUUAGCGGUAAACUUGAGAAAGCAAUCUUGCUAUGGAUGUAUGAUCCAGCAGGAAGGGAUGCUACCCUAGUAAGGCAAGCUUUGAGUGCUGACUCCAUUGAUCUCAGAGCUGCCACUGAAGUGAUAUGUUCACGGACUCCUUCUCAAAUAGUACAUUUGAAACAACUUUACCAUUCCAUGAAUGGUAUCUACCUGGAGCAUGAUAUUGAGCUUCACGCAUCUGGUGAUCACAAAAAGUUGCUUCUAGCAUAUGUAACCACAAUGCGCUAUGAAGGCCCAGAAGUUGAUAGAGCUUCGGUUGAUCAUGAUGCUAAAGCUCUUUACAAAGCUGGGGAGAAGAAACUGGGAACUGAUGAGAAGACUUUUAUACGAAUUUUCUCUGAAAGAAGUAGGGCACACCUGGCUGCUGUUAGUUCUGCUUAUCACAGCAUGUAUUCCAGGAAGUUAAAAAAGGCUGUAAAAAGUGAAACCUCUGGACUCUUUGAGUUUGCUCUCUUGACUAUUUUGCAAUGUGCUGAGAAUCCAGCAACAUACUUUGCAAAGGAGUUGCACAAGGCAAUGAAGGGCUUGGGGACGAAUGAUACAACUCUCAUUAGGAUAGUAGUCACGCGAACUGAGAUUGAUAUGCAGUAUAUAAAAGCAGAGUACCAGAAAAAGCAUAAGAAAUCUCUUAAUGAUGCUGUUCAUUCGGAGACUUCUGGUGAUUAUCGGGCCUUUCUUCUAUCUCUUCUGGGGCCUGCUCACUGAAUGAAGAGUCUAUGCCAUGCAACAGGUGUUAUUAG